CGGAUGGCUACUUAUAGCCGCCUGGCGCCUCCCGGUGCCUCCUUGGGAGAUGCACCUGGGUCCGCCACCUCUGUCCCGUCGGCCUACAGUCCUCGCCAGCGAAACGAAGAUCACCAGCAACCAUGAGGCUUCCCCAGACCGAAGUUAGCCUCGCGCUGCUCGCCUUGGCCGCCCCAGCAGUGCGCGCCGGGUGCAGUCUGCCGUCCAGCUACAAGUGGACGUCGACCGGACCGCUGGCGACCCCCAAGUCCGGCUGGGUCUCGCUCAAGGACUUCACCCACGUGCCGUACCAGGGCAAGCACCUGGUGUACGCCACCGACCACGACACGGGCUCCAGCUAUGGCUCCAUGAACUUCGGCCUGUUCUCCAACUGGUCCGACAUGGCCUCGGCCAGCCAGAACGCCAUGAGCCAGGCCGCGGUGGCGCCCACGCUCUUCUACUUCGAGCCCAAAAGCAUCUGGGUCUUGGCCUACCAGUGGGGCCCUACCGCCUUCUCGUACCGCACGUCUACCGACCCGACCAACGCCAACGGGUGGUCAGCCGCCCAGCCGCUCUUCACCGGCACCGCCGAGGGCGCCCCCUACGGUCCCAUCGACCAGACCCUGAUCGGCGACAGCACCAACAUGUACCUCUUUUUCGCCGGCGACGACGGCAAGAUCUACCGGUCCAGCAUGCCCAUCGACAACUUCCCGGGCAACUUCGGCACCGAGUCGACCGUGGUGCUCUCGGGCGCUACCAACGACAUCUUCGAGGCCGUCCAGGUGUACACGGUGACGGGCCAGUCGUCGCCGCAGUACCUGAUGAUCGUCGAGUCGAUCGGCUCGAGCGGCGACCGCUACUUCCGGUCGUACACGGCCAGCAGCCUCAGCGGCUCGUGGUCGCCGCAGGCGACCAGCGAGAGCGCGCCCUUCGCGGGCAAGGCCAACAGCGGGGCCACGUGGACGCCCGACAUCUCGCACGGCGACCUGAUCCGCUCCUCGGCCGACCAAACCAUGCCCAUCGACCCGUGCAACCUGCAGCUGCUCUACCAGGGCCGCAACGGCAGCGGCAGCACCUACGAUCUGCAGCCGUACCGGCCGGGCCUGCUCACCCUGGUGGGCGCGACGGGCGGCAACAACGGCGGCGGCAGCAGCAGCACGCCUACGACGACGGCCACGCCGCCGGCCACGAGCACGCCGGGUAACGGCGGGACCGUCGCGCACUGGGGACAGUGCGGCGGCAGUGGCUACAGCGGGCCGACCGUGUGCGAGAGCCCUUACACGUGCACCUACCAGAACCCUUGGUACUCGCAGUGUCUGUGAGAGCGGUGAGCCAACGGCGGCAGGAAUCGGAGCAGAGCGCACAUGGACGGUGGAGGUCGCAAACCUGAGAAGGGAGAAGGGGGGGAGGUGGCGCCAUGGGGUUCAAGUUGCUCAGGGGACCGCAUUUGUCUGUACAUAGCUGUUGUUUGACGGACAUUCCAAGUAUAUAUUCAUUUGUCUGUCUCCGUUUGACCCAACCCCACUGGGGCAUGGGCUUGCUUCCAGCGGUCUAGUUCCGGAUUCUGUUGCGUUGUUAUCAAGGGUAAACUAUGCGCUUACAGCUUUCAAUGGAACAGAGUCCGUGACUGAGAAAUCAAACAUAUCAAACUUGGGAUCUUGUCACGUCAGGGGUAAGGGGCUCAGAGCUUGGUAUAACGUAUUGGCCAUAGUUUCCCCACUCCUAGAUAUAUAUAUAUCACGCUCUGUUCAG